UAUAUACCUUCCAUCUCUCCCUAAGCUCACCACCGAAAGGAAAACAAAAGGAAGGAAAUGAACUUGUAGGAGAAUUCUUGCUCCCUCUUCUCUGCUUCCCUUCUCUUCUAGAGGAAGCCCUUCUGACAGUACAAUAAAACAUCUCCUCUAGCUGCCGCCUCCCCCACAAUGUGCUUCUUGUAAGUAUUAUCUGUUAUAGCUGUUCAUCCUCCACUGCCUGCACUUUCCCAGUCGGUGGAGUGAGCUUUCAUGGAUCUACUGCUUCCUUCAUUUCUGCAACUUCCGGAAAUGGGUUUCGUUCUCUUCCUAGUUUUGGGAUCUGGGUUCUGAAAAUCUUCGUGUUUUCCUUCUUGGGUUUUCUGGAUGCUGGUCCCUUUUUUUAAUUUUUACUUGAUUUAGUUAAAAAAAAAGGACAGUGAGUGAGAGAGUGAGUAAGUACAGAGGCAAAAAAGAGGGAGAAAGGGGGGAAAAAGAGCACAGAAAUGGCUCCAAGGUUAGGUUUUUCGGUGCUGAUGGGGAAGGAGAGCAAGAAUGGUGGAGGAACUCCGGUGGUGGUGAAAAUGGAGAACCCAAACUACUCGGUGGUUGAAAUCGACGGCCCCGAUGCUGCAUUCCGGCCGGUGGACAAGAGCAGAGGCAGAAACGCGAAGCAAGUCAGAUGGGUUUUACUUCUCAAAGCUCACCGUGCCGUCGGCUGCGUGGCCUGGCUCGCCGGCCUCUUCUGGGCAUUGCUUGGUACCAUCAAAAAGCGCCUCUUUUUCAGGGAAGGGGUCACAGUCGCCACUGAGAAGCUCGGCAAAGGGAAGUUGGUCCUUCGUGUUAUCAGGGUUUUCUUAGUCACUUCUCUGGUAAUUUUGGGGUUUGAAGUUGCUGCUUAUCUCAAAGGCUGGCAUUAUUUCGAGGCGUCUGCUGCUGCUGAAUAUCUUCAUCGGAUUCCAAUGGCUGCUCCCAAUUUGCUUCACAUGGUCUAUGUUGCUUGGCUGAACUUUCGAGCCGAUUACAUCGCUCCAGCCAUUAUGGGUCUCUCCAAUUUCUGCGUUGCUCUGUUCCUAGUGCAGUCUGUGGACCGUUUGGUGCUCUGUUUAGGUUGUUUGUGGAUUAAGUUUAAGAGGAUUAAGCCCGAGAUUCGGGGAGGAGAUCCCUUCAAGUCUCCAGAUAUUGAGGCCUUGGAUUAUAAGUGCCCCAUGGUUCUUGUUCAAAUUCCAAUGUGUAAUGAGAGAGAGGUGUAUGAUCAGUCAAUCUCUGCGGUUUGCCAGCUCGAUUGGCCGAAAGACAGGAUCUUGAUCCAAGUUCUUGAUGAUUCGGAUGAUGUGGACAUCCAGUGGUUAAUUAAAGGAGAGGUUGAUAAAUGGAGACAAAAGGGGGUCAACAUUAUCUAUAGGCAUAGGCUGCUUAGAACUGGUUACAAAGCUGGAAACCUCAAUUCAGCAAUGGGCUGUGAAUAUGUCAAGGAUUAUGAGUUCGUUGCAAUUUUUGAUGCUGACUUCCAGCCUAACCCUGACUACCUCAAGCUGACCGUGCCACAUUUUAAGGACAAUCCUGAACUGGGGCUGGUUCAGGCGAGAUGGUCAUUUGUGAACAAGGAUGAAAAUUUGCUGACUCGUUUACAGAACAUCAACCUGUGUUUCCACUUUGAGGUCGAACAGCAAGUUAAUGGUAUCUUCAUGAAUUUCUUUGGCUUUAAUGGAACUGCUGGCGUUUGGAGAAUCAAGGCCCUCGAGGAAUCCGGUGGAUGGCUCGAGAGAACAACCGUCGAGGACAUGGACAUUGCUGUUCGUGCCCAUCUCAAUGGCUGGAAAUUCAUCUUCCUUAAUGAUGUCAAGGUCCUCUGUGAACUUCCUGAGUCCUAUGAAGCUUAUAGAAAACAGCAGCAUCGCUGGCAUUCCGGCCCAAUGCAGCUUUUCCGCUUGUGUCUUCCUGCAAUAGUAACAUCCAAGAUAGCAUUAUGGAAGAAGGCAAACUUGAUAUUCCUCUUCUUCCUACUGAGAAAGCUAAUCCUGCCAUUCUAUUCCUUCACACUAUUCUGCAUAAUCCUCCCCCUGACCAUGUUCGUCCCAGAAGCCGAACUCCCACUGUGGGUCAUCUGUUAUGUCCCCAUCGUAAUGUCGUUCAUGAACAUCGUUCCAGCUCCCAAAUCUUUCCCUUUCAUCGUCCCUUACCUUCUUUUCGAAAACACAAUGUCUGUCACCAAGUUCAACGCGAUGGUCUCCGGGUUAUUCCAGUUGGGAAGCUCUUAUGAGUGGGUCGUUACGAAAAAGGCUGGCAGGUCAUCAGAAUCAGACCUACUGGCUGCUGCUGAGAGGGAAUCGAAGCCCUCGAUGAUUCAGCCUCAGUUACACAGAGGAGCUUCAGAAAGUGAGAUUGGGCAGUUGAGUUUACUGCAGGAGAAGGCAGAAUCAGUGUCGAAACCGAAGAAGAAGGUGAACAAAAUAUACAGGAAGGAGUUGGCUCUAGCAUUCCUAUUGCUCACAGCUUCAGUCAGGAGCUUGUUGUCUGCUCAAGGAGUCCAUUUCUACUUCCUUCUGUUCCAAGGUGUGACCUUCCUCUUGGUGGGUUUGGACCUCAUUGGAGAGCAAAUGAGCUGAGAGAAGCUUUGGAAGAUGCAUGCAUGCUUGCAUACAAGGAAGGCAGCCCAUUUUGCCCUACUACUACUCUCUGCAGAUUCAUCUUGUUGGUAUCUGGCUGGCUGCAACAAAAAGGAAGUAGUACUUUCUCGUUCCUUUUUUUAACUUGAAUAAACGCAAAUUUCUGUCUCUCCCACAUUUAGUUUCAAGACAUUUUUAGGAUUCUUAUAAUUCUUUUUCCCACCUCCGCCCAUUUUCUCUUAUGAACACAACAGCAUAUCAUUAUCACCUCUUUGAUUUGUUUUUAUUUCUUAUAGGAGGGUUUUCUUCUAGCUUUUUAUUUGAAUUCAAGUGAUCAUUGGUUGUUGUUGGCUGUCAUAGACAGUGAUUCUAGUGGAGUUUAGAUUCAAGUAAACGAUCUGGGGCAGCUGUAAAAAACCAGGAGAAAAAAAAUACAGUUAAAAGAGUGAGGUCCAAGUUAUGAGAUUGCUUUCCUUCCUCCUGUAGUGUUUUGUAAGGGAGAUGGUAUCAGACUCUGUAAGAUAACACUUUUGUGAUGUAAAUUCGACAUUCUUCCACCCUUUUUAUUGAUUUAUUUCAUAUAACAGCACAUAAUCAUGCUUGUCUUAUCUGUAUCUCUGCAUGCUCUUCAUUUCUCUGCAACAAACAUGUUUAACCAGUUCAACCAGCCCUGCUAUGACAUGACCAGCCCUGAAGAGAAAGUAACUUCAUGGGUUUUUCCCAGAUUGCCCCAUGGAUUCCUCGUGAGGAAAAAGGAUAACACGUUG